AAGGAGUAGGUUUGGCGCAUUCAGGCGCGGUUUUGGGGUUGGAGGCGAAUGGUGACGAUCAGUCGGCUUAUCUGUCAGUCUGUUCCUUUCAAGAAAGGCUAAAGAAGGAUAUAUUUUAGUAUAUUUAGUCGAAGAAACUUUGUAGCCUAUCAGUUUUUCUUCGUGUGUCACCGGCCGUCCAUUGAAGCGUGCCUUGAGCAGGCUUGGACGGAAAUAGAUUGAAAAUGCCUCCCAUCGAAAAUGACACCGGGAAGAAUGACCUCAAAACCCGAAUACAGUCGCUCAUUGACUCCAACCAGGUGAUGGUUUUCAGCAAAAGUUACUGCCCGUAUUGUGUCAAGGUAAAAGACUUGUUCAAAGAGCUCAAAGUAGAGUGCAAUGUGGUGGAGUUGGAUCUCUUAGAGGAUGGAACCAACUACAUGGAAAUGCUACUUGAGAUGACCGGACAGAAAACUGUCCCUAAUGUCUUCAUCAACAAAAGACAUGUCGGUGGCUGUGAUAAAACGAUGCAGGCCCAUAAAGACGGCAGCCUUCAGCAGCUUCUGAAUGCAGAAAGUGAAGCCUAUGACUACGACCUGAUUGUCAUUGGAGGAGGAUCUGGAGGCCUGUCCUGUUCAAAGGAAGCUGCGACUUUGGGGAAAAAGGUCAUGGUUUUGGACUACGUUGUUCCCACGCCUAAAGGAACCACUUGGGGUCUAGGGGGGACAUGCGUGAAUGUUGGCUGCAUUCCCAAGAAACUGAUGCAUCAGACUGCAAUGCUGGCCACAGCCAUGCAGGACGCACGCAAAUAUGGCUGGGAAUUUGAUGAAAAUGUCAAACACAACUGGGAGACGAUGAAGACGGCAGUGAACAACUACAUCGGUUCGCUAAAUUGGGGCUACAGGGUGGCGCUGAGGGACAAGAACGUCAACUAUGUGAAUGCCUACGCUGAAUUCGUAGAGCCACACAAGAUCAAGGCAGUAAACAAACGAGGAAAAGAGACGUUUUACACAGCAGCUAAGUUCGUCUUGGCAACAGGCGAAAGGCCGCGCUACAUGGGUAUUCCUGGAGACAAGGACUACUGCAUCACAAGCGAUGACCUCUUCUCCUUACCGUACUGCCCCGGGAAGACCCUGGUAAUUGGCGCAUCCUACGUCGCUCUGGAGUGUGGCGGCUUCCUCGCCGGCCUGGGUCUUGACGUCACAGUUAUGGUGCGCUCCAUUCUGCUGAGGGGCUUUGACCAAGAGAUGGCCAACCGUGCCGGUGAGCACAUGGAGGAGCACGGCAUCAAAUUUAUCCGGAAAUUUGUCCCUGUAAAGAUAGAGGAGUUAGAAGCAGGCACCCCCGGCAGGCUGAAGGUGACAGCCAAGUCCACUGAGACUGAUGAGGUCAUCGAGGGAGAGUACAACACUGUAUUAAUUGCAGUGGGUCGAGAUGCAUGUACUGACAAAAUUGGGCUGGACAAGAUAGGAGUCAAAGUUAACCCAAAGAACGGCAAAAUUCCAGUCAGUGAUGAAGAGCAAACCAACGUGCCCCACAUCUAUGCCAUCGGUGACAUCUUGGAGGCCAAGUGGGAACUGACCCCUGUUGCUAUCCAGGCUGGCAAGUUGCUGGCCAGGCGCCUUUUUGGGGGUUCAACGAUCAAGUGCGACUACAUCAACGUUCCCACCACUGUCUUCACUCCUUUGGAGUACGGCUCCUGCGGCCUGUCUGAGGAGAGAGCCACAGAGUUGUACGGACAGGACAACCUUGAGGUAUACCACAGUCUGUUCUGGCCUCUGGAAUUCACUGUGCCUGGCAGGGACAACAACCGAUGCUACGCCAAGAUAAUCUGCAACAAACUGGACAACGACAGAGUCAUCGGCUUCCACUACCUGGGUCCCAAUGCAGGAGAGGUCACGCAAGGCUUUGGGGCGGCCAUGAAAUGUGGCGCCACAAAGGCCCAGCUAGACGGCACCAUUGGCAUCCACCCGACUUGUGCCGAGGUCUUCACCACCAUGGAAGUGACUAAAAGAUCUGGCGGUGACAUCAGCACGGCUGGUUGCUGAGGUUAAACCCUGCUUGUUCAGCAGGGUGCUCUCUCCGUAACCACUCCUACAAAAAGUACCGAUUGCUCCGAGAGCGGAGGAAGCCAGGGUGCAAAGUCACUCUGACUGGUGCUAAUUUGAUAUGAGAGCACUCUGCUUAACAGCGGGGUUACUUUGCUGAUUAUUUACUAGGCUCCGUCGGUGUCCUUCUCUGGGGAGCUAGGGAACACACACAGACGACGCUUCUGUGGAUGUCUUUGUGUGUGUGCCUGCGCUAUUAGUGACGUUCUUGCCCGUAACCCAACUUGCUGAGGUGGGCAAGGAUCGAUGUCCCUCUGAAGAAGUUCCUGAUGGUUUGCCAACCCCUUCGUCCAAAGCCCCCUAUUUCCCCCUUCUCAGACUCCUCAAAUGGUAAUGUAUGGAAUUGAUACAGCUCAUGGGUAACUGUGCCUGAUCCAAUACAUACAAAUGUACUGAAUGUUUUCUUGUAGUUGGCUAAUUUAAUGCUUGUUUUCCUCUUGGUGUGUGUACAGCCACUUUUUAGACCACAAUGACCAUGAAAUUACUCCUGAAUGGUGUACUGAAAGGCUGUUUAUACUGCAUUAGCCUCCUAGAGUGUCCAAUAAUUACCGAGUGUGUCUGUAAAAGACGUUUCCGAUAUGGGGACAAGUCUGAAUCGCUUGUUCAUUGGUGUCAGAACGCUCAAGCUUCCCUUUCAAGAUAAAAUAAAGCGUCUUUUCAGUA